AUGGUGGAACGCGUACGGGUUAAAUUUUAUCAAGAAUGUAUCCAGUCAGGUCGAUUUCCAUCUCGGUUUGUUAAAACUCUGUCGAAAAAUAAGCUGCCCGCUAACAGUGUGAAUCUAGCCAGGAUUGCGUCCGCACAUAUCGAGGCUUGCAUUGAACGAGAACAUAAGUUCCUGGAGACACAAAAGCGAUUCGCGGUUGUUUUGAAUGGCUUGUCACUUGUCUGCCGUUUCAAGUUUGAGGCAUUUUCUGCUGAAACUCUCCAGCGUACUAGGACCAAGACCCUGCGCGGCCUUCAAGGUACCCUUGUGAGAGCGGCUAACAUUCCUUUCCCUACCGAGGGCCAGAAGCAUGUGUACAAUCUGUCUACAGCUCGGUUCACGCGAGAACAGUUGGAGGUUCUUUCGCUGGGAUUGAAAUACCGAAUACCGCCGAGGAAUGUGGACAGGAUCCACACACAGAUUAAUUUCGAAUAUCUGUACGAUCAACUCAGCGACCUAUCGCCGAAAUCAACGGAUGAUGCAGGAUGGUUUCGGGCAAAAUUAGUGGAUAUCGCGCACCAGUUCCAGAACGCGCCUAUUAGUCAGAGGUGUUGCUUGAAAUCGGAACACUAUGUUGCAAUCAAGGAGCUGCAGAAAAUGAAAGAUGUAAUUUUCCUGCAACCGGAUAAAGGCACGGGUGUAGUAAUAAUGGACAAAGCGGAUUACACCGCAAAAAUGGAGUCGAUUCUCGGAGAUGGACGCAAGUUUCGUAUUGACAAGACGCUGGACAACAAUAUCUUGGUGGAGAAACAAAUUACGAGACAUCUACAAAUUCUUUUGCUUCAUGGUUAUAUCUCCGAGUCACAAUAUCGGCAGCUAAAACCGACAGGGACAGAAACACCAAGAAUGAGGGGUGCGCCGAAGCUGCACAAGGCGGGAAUUCCACUGCGCCCAAUAAUGUGUAUGAAUAACUCACCCUACCACAAAGUAGCCCGGUGGUUGGCAAAGCUCCUAGAACCCGUGCGUAAGCUCCUGAGCACGCAUUGUUUGAAAGACUCCUUUGAAUUGGUGAAUAUACUGGAACGAACAACACUUGACGCGGAGCUCAUGUAUUCAAUAGACGUGGAAUCACUGUUCACGAAUGUGCCCCUACGUGAAACGGUUGACGACCUAUGCCAAUUUCUUUUGAGUCGGAACCUCUCUGUGGGCAUUCCUCUAGAGUUCCUGCGAGACUUGAUAUUGGUGUGUACUGAGAAUGUGCGAUUUGAGUUUGAAGGGACGGCAUACAAACAGAUUGACGGCGUCGCUAUGGGCAGUCCUUUGGGACCAGUUCUGGCAGACAUCUUCCUAGGUAUGAUUGAAAGGAAAGCUGCUGCCUGCAUAGGUGAAGCCAAGCUGUACAAGCGUUAUGUAGAUGAUAUUCUCGUCUUCACUAAUGGUGAACAUUUUCAUCGUCUUGCUGCCCUCCUGAACUCAAUUCACCCGAACCUUUCUGUAUCACAGGAGAAGGAACAAGAAGACAGACUGCCGUUUCUUGACGUGCUCAUCAAGAGAAGGACCGAUGGCACAUUGCAGCGCACGGUGUACAGAAAAGCGACCUGGGGUGGACAAUACCUACACUUUUCCAGCUUCGCCCCAGUUGCAUACAAGCGCGGCCUUGUAAAAACUCUCUUCUACAGGGCCAGGCGGAUAUGCAGUCCGGAAUUACUCAAGGCUGAAGAAGAGUUUUUAUACCGGACUUUGCUAGCUAAUGGGUAUCCGGAGAAAUUCAUUCAGACCCAUAGCAGACCCCCCAAGGAGAAGCUGCCCGUGCAAACUGCGGAGAAGAAGAAUGUUUAUCUGUUCUUACCCUUCAAGGGGGAUCACUUAGCAAAUGAAGUUGGUCACAAGCUCAGGUCCGCUCUAAUGCGCACCUACUCUACCGCCCAACUACGACUUAUUCACACCACACGAAGGAUUCCUCUCCACAUCCGUUCGAGCAGCGUGCCAAUCAGUUCGGCCUCUAACAUCAUCUACCAGUUCACUUGCAGUUGCGGUGACACUUACAUAGGCAAGACUGGUCGCCGUCUAGCUCAAAGGGUGUCGGAACAUUUACCACUGUGGCUAAGGCAGUUCCUGUCUAACCAAGGCGGAGCGAAACAAAGACUGAAUUUGAACCCUGCCUCUUCUAUCUCCAAACAUCUCUUGCUGACUCAUAACUUGUAG